UGUGACUAUAGUGUGUGCGCGUGUCAUCGAACAGAUAGAGCGAUCAUUGCAAACAGCCCCGCCGCUCGAGCUCUACCGAAUAGUUCUCAUCAGACGCACGGUUUCAUCACAAUCAUGGGUGGCUUCAAGGCUGUUGAGGAUCGGCCGACGCCGAAGGAGGUGUACAACUGGAAGCUCUACAUCGAAGCCGCAAUCAUUGCAAUGGGAUCCUUCCUUUUUGGUUACGACUCGGCGUUCAUCGGAACAACCAUUGCCCGCAACAGUUUCAAGAGAGACUUUGGUAUCAACACUGGAAACUCGAAUAAUAUCUCGAGUAACAUCACAUCAGCAUUUCAGGCUGGAGCCUUGGGCGGCGCAGUGCUUUGCUUCUUCAUUACCGAGCGCUUGGGUAGAAAGUGGACUCUCCAGGCUAAUGUUGUGAUCUUCCUUGUUGGCGCAAUCCUGAUGACUGCCGCUACAAAUCAGUUGUCAUUCAUCUACGCGGGUCGCGCCCUUACUGGCAUAGGAUGCGGUGGUAUCACAGCUACGGUCCCGUCCUACAUCGGAGAAUUGUCGAUUCCUUCCAUCCGCGGUAUCCUUACCGGUCUCUUCGAAGUCGCAUACCAGAUCGGGAGUGUCAUUGGUUUCUGGAUUAAUUACGGCAUCACGCAAACCAUCGACCCGAACCUGCCUGUCAGCUGGAGAAUACCGAUGGCAUUCCAACUCGUUCCCGCCGGCAUCCUCUUCGCCGGAGUCUUCUUCAUCCACGAGAGUCCGCUCUGGCUCCUUCGUAAGAACAAGACGGAACGUGCUCACAAGGUUCUUGAAGGUCUAAGAGGACUGCCGAUCGACCAUCAGUACAUGCAAGAAGAACUCGAUCAAUUCCAGAAAAAGCUCGAUGAAGAGAAGGCCGUUUCAUCUCAGUACGGCACCGGACAAUGGGCAUACCUGCGCGGCGUCGCCAACAUGUUGGGCCGCAAGGGCAUGUGGAACCGCCUUGUCCUCGUCUUCUGUGCCUUCGCUCUUAACAACCUUUCCGGAGCUGCCGCCAUCAACUACUAUUCGCCUACACUCUUCGCGUCGAUUGGCAUCACGGACGUUUCUCUAUACACCGGUAUCUACGGACUGAUCAAGGCUAUCGCCUCCAUCAUCUACUUCAUCUUCCUCAUCGACCUUCUUGGAAGACGUUGGCCCGCCAUCGUCUCCUCGUUCAUCUGCUCAUUGUGCCUCUUCAUCGUCGGUGCUUAUGUGAAGAUUGGUCAUCCUGCCGAUAUCAUCGCCGCUGGCAAGGAACUAUCUGCCUCUACCGCUGCCGGUGGUAAGGCGGCUACUGGCAUGAUCAUGAUCUACUCCAUCUGCUGGUCUUUUGGCUUGAACGGUAUCCCCUGGAUCGUCAGUGCCGAAAUUUUCCCUGGUGCUCUCCGUAAUUUCACCGGUACUUACGCUGCCCUCGUUGUCUGGGCUACUCAGUUUGCCAUCACCAAGGCUAUGCCUUACAUCUUCAGCUCUUUCGGCUACGGAACCUGGUUUUUCUUUGCCUCGUGGAUGAUCGUCGCCACAUUGUGGGGUUACUUCUUCUUGCCUGAGACCAAGGGUCUCACCAUGGACCAGAUGGAUGUCAUCUUUGGUUAUGCUCACGAUGCCCGCCCUGAGCCUUCAUCCAAAUUCGUCGACGCGACAUUCGAUGACAAUAAGGUGAAAUCGAGCGAACACACCGAGGACGUUUAGGAACAGAGGCAGAGUAGUUGCGGAGAUAAUAUUAAGCGUGAUUACGGUUUAUGAGACGAAGAGAUAAUGUUUAUAGCGGAAGAGGACAACUACUAAGGCCCUUUCAGUGCAUACCAUGGGUGUCAAAUCUAACACUACCAUAUGCUGAACCAUCUCUGACCAUCA